CCCUAUUCCAAAGGUACAUAGCACAAUGUACUUCGUGUAUGUGCAUUUGAUGUCUCCAGUGCUGCAGUGCUGUCAAACAUCCAUUCUCUUAUUAGUAGACUUCACCUACAAAAAAAAAAUACAAAAAUUACCCCAGAAUCACAAUGCCCCUUUAGUCAAAUUUUGAUUUUGAUCAAAUCAGAAGCUCCAUUCAGUAUGAAAUCAUACGAAUGGCUCCCUUCACCCAGCUUCCGACGGAGCUUGUCGCUUUGAUCGUAUCAUUCUGCGACACUCCCGAGAUAGCUGCCCUCGCCGCAGUAGAUAAAGAACACCAUGCUAUCGCCAACCCGAUUUUAUACGAUCUCAGACGCUCCGACGAGGUUGACAUCGCGAUGUUGUGGGCGUGCAUGACUGGGCGUCUCGGCACGCUGAAACGGCUAGUCGAGUACGGGGGCUACGUCGAUGACAUCUGCACCAACCGCUGCGGCGCCAGCAGUACGCUUUGGGGGUGCGACGACGACCUUCCUCAAUGCUUGAUAGACCUGCUAGACCUUGCACCCCUAGCUCUUGCCGCCAAGUAUGGGCAAGAGGAAGUCGUGAAAUGGCUGAUUGAUCACAACGCCAAAAUCGAUCGUCCAGCUAUGAAUUUCUGUUCGUGUCAAGCUUCUCCCGACCGGUAUUUCGCGGGACACCGCUCUCGGCGCUCAGUGGCAUGGACGCCGCUUCACCUCGCCAUUUGCAACAACAAUGUUCCCAUUGCCAAGUUGCUCAUCUCCCGGGGCGCAGAUCCUCUCCACAUUGCCAACCCACCUCACAGAGCGCAAUCCGCCCUCCAUACAGCUGCUUAUCGGAACAUUAUUCCCAUGAUAGACUUCUUGGUGACUCAAAAACUGGUCAGCAUUGACCACCAAGAUUUUCUGGGCUUGACGCCGUUGCACCUAUCUGUUCUAAACUAUCAUAAUAUCACUGCGCUUGAGAGAUUGGUAGAGUUAGGGGCCAAUCUGGAGCUCAGGUGCAAACGGGGUUAUGGCAAAACCGCCUUGGGCUUUGCUUGCCUUACAGGGAACUUCCGAGCGGCUCUGUUCCUGUUAGACAAGGGCGCGAAUCCUCACAUCUGUCUUCGCCAUGACAUAUCCCCUUUAACGGUAGCUGGUUUUACGUUCAAUUCUUUAGGAACAGAGCCCGAGCCAGUGGAUUGGACGGAGUGGGAGGGCUUGAGGCAAAAGUUUAAACAACGACUUAUUGAGCUUGGCGUCAGCGAAGAUGCAGAGGAAGUCGAAUCCUGACUAAAUAGAUCCCAAAGAACUGUACUUUUGUCUCUUAUGCCAUAUUCUUAUGCCAUAUCACAACAUUCGAAAUACCCUUACUAUAUACCUAGCCACAUCCGAGCCCAUGUCGAGUACUUUUACUGCCAGACUUCGCCUCAUUGCUACCCAGCUAAAUCCAAUUCCUUUUCACAUAGUAAUUCGCGUGAUAAAUCUGCGCCAGAGAAAGAGUAAUAUCGUCGAUCGUAAGAUGGCAUGUGACCAACAACGCCUCCUCCAAACUUCUUCGUAUUUUCUUGUACCACCUACCUAGGUAUUUGGUCUUGG